AUGACGACUUCUCAUUCCAAAUUGAGUUUGAAGCUUUUGAUUGACCCCAAAGCUAAAAAAGUCCUCUUUGCAGAGGCUGAAAAGGAUUGCGUUGAUUUUCUGUUUCACAUUCUUUCAUUGCCGGUGAGCACUGUUAUCAGGCUUCUCAAGACGAAAGGAUUGAAUUAUGGGUGCUUGCGUAACCUCUACGAUAGCGUAGAGAAUCUAAACGAAACAUAUAUUCAGUCUAACCAAGACAAGAACAUCCUUUUAAAACCAAAAUCUCCAGUUGGGAUAUUUUCUGUUCCUUUUCUAGCACUUAAUGACGUUCCUGCACAAAAGAUAUCUUAUGGAUGUUCUCGUUACGCAUGUGGUUCCAUCAGUUAUAGUAUUUAUUAUGUUACUGAUGACCCUAAUUCUAAAUGUCCAAAUUGUUGGUAUCCUAUGUCAAGAAAGUUGACGUAUCUUGUUCCACAAGAAGUGAAGGAACCUGUGGGUACUACAGGCACUGGUUUUGUAAAGGAGGCAGUGAAAUACAUGGUGAUGGAUGAUUUGGUCGUAAAGCCUAUCUCCGUUGUAUCUAGCAUCACCGCUCUAAACAGUUACUUUAAUAUCAAGGAUGUUUCUUCCUUGCAGGAGAAAGUUGUAAAUUUAGGAAUGGAAGAGGCGCUGAAGUUGCUCAAGGCAUCGUUUGAAUCAAAAACAGUUCUGACUAGUGUUUUCAUGACCAGUGCAAAGCGAAAAAGAGCUUUUCACUUUCCGAAAGAGAGAAAAUUCUAUAGAUGUAACUCUAAAUGCACUUCUUUUGUCACAGAAGUUUAUAAAAGUAUCUGCCCAGUUUGUAAGAAUUAUAUGAUUGUAGAUGUAUACAAUGCUAAUCCAGGUGUUACAUGUGGAUUUGUGAAGGAGAUGGUGAAAUACAUGGUGAUGGAUGAUUUGGUCGUUAAGCCCAUGUCCGCCGUCUCUAGCAUCACCGCUCUUAAAGAAAACUUUAAAAUCAAGGAUAUUGCUUCUCUACAAGAGGAAGAAGUUGUAUCUUUUGGAAUUGAAGAGAUUGACACUAAGGCUAAAAAAAUACUAUUCGCUGAGGCUGAAAAGAGUUGUGUGGAUUUCUUGUUUCUCAUUCUCUCAUUGCCGGUGGCCACAGUCAUUAAGCUUCUUAAGAAAAAAGGGAUGAAUUAUGGAUGCUUGCCUAAACUCUAUGACAGUGUUGAUAAUUUGAACGACAACUAUAUUCAGUCUAAGGAUAGCCUUUUGAAACCCAAGUCAUCUGUAAUAGGGAUCGCUUCCAUUCCUUUUCUAUCGAUUGAUGACGUUCCAAUGACACAUAAGACCAUUUAUGGAUGUUCCAAUUAUAGCUACAGUCAUAAUACUGUUUCUGAUUGCCCUAGUGCAAAAUGUACAAGUUGUAAUAGUCUUAUGACAAGAAUUUUGACGUAUGUUGCUCCACCGAUAGCGAGUGGAGCUGUGGCAUCGACAAGUGGUUUUGUGAAGGAUGUUGUGACAUACAUGGUGAUGGAUGACUUGGUAAUUAAGCCUAUGUCCACCAUUUCUAGCAUUACUCUUCUCAACAAGUUCAAUGUCAAGGAUGUUGGUGUACUUCAAGAGGAAGUUGUUCAUUUUGGAAUGGAAGAGGCGCUGAAGUUGUUGAAGGCAUCCUUUGAGUCGAAGACAGUCCUGACUAGUGUUUUCAUGAGCGCCAUAAAAUUGUCGAAAUAG